UCGGCUGCCGAGUCCUGAGAGUGAAGGGAACGAGGUCGGUGAGUCUGGGGUCUAGGAAGCGGGAAAAUGAGGGGCGGCGCCGUGUUCCUUAAAAGAGAGAAUAAAUUUUCGCACCAUCUAUCCAACCUAAAUUCCUCCUUUUCUCAACAGGGAUGGAGAAAGGGUGUCCCAGGACCGCCCGACGGUCCCGCCUCUUCCUGAGGACCGGCACGUGAUGCCGGAAGUGGGUGGGGGUAAUAUGGAGGAGUUUCCGGCAGGCCCCGGCGGCUGAAAGCCGGGGCAGAAGUGCUGGUGCUGGUCAGGGUUCGUGUCCCGGUCCCGCCCAGGCAGCGACUGCGGUAGGAAGAAGGAGGUGUUGCACGCGCUGGCCCGCCACCGCUAUACAUUGCAGCCUUAUCUCAGCUCAAAAUGAACUAUAUGCCCGGCACCGCCAGCCUCAUCGAGGACAUCGACAAAAAGCAUUUGGUCCUGCUUCGAGAUGGAAGGACACUUAUAGGCUUUUUAAGAAGCAUUGAUCAAUUUGCUAACUUAGUGCUACAUCAGACUGUGGAGCGUAUUCAUGUGGGCAAAAAAUACGGUGAUAUUCCUCGAGGGAUUUUUGUGGUCAGAGGAGAAAAUGUGGUCCUACUAGGAGAAAUAGACUUGGAAAAGGAGAGUGAUACACCCCUCCAGCAAGUGUCCAUUGAAGAAAUCCUAGAAGAACAAAGGGUGGAACAGCAGACCAAGCUGGAAGCCGAGAAGCUGAAAGUUCAGGCUCUUAAGGAUCGAGGUCUCUCUAUUCCUCGAGCAGAUACUCUGGAUGAGUAUUAAGUCUUUUGCUCAGAGGCUGUUGCUCUUGGGGAGCAGGGGCUGUUACUGAAUGAAAGUGACAUCCUGGUCACCUCACAUGUAGAGACUGCAGAGUUUUGAAAAAUCAUUUUUAUUUUGAAUUCUUUCACAUAUGCAACAUGAAGAAAUCAGGUGGCUUUUUUUCCCCUUUUUAAUAACAAAAGCAUUGUUUAAAGAAACGGUGGUAUGGACUCCUUUCACACCUCACUGUGGAGCCAGCAGCUACUUCUUCAUAUUGUUCUUCUCGUUCCAAAUUAGAGUUUACAGGAGACGUUCUUCAUUUACUUGUAAAUAAAAUAUGAAUCUCAAAACUGUCAUGUUAUUUCCCAAGUUUGAGUUGCCUCCAGUGAAUAAAGAAAAUUAAGUUUCUGCUCUCAAA